AUGUCCGACUACGACCGGUCCACCGCGUUCCUCGGGGAAUGGGAGAGCUUCCAGUGGCGCCAGCUCCUGCUCCUGUCCCUGGCCAUCGUCCCCAACGGCUUCACCGGGCUGGCCGUGGUCUUCCUCGCAGACACCCCCUCCCACCGCUGCCUCAUCCCCGCGGAGGCCAACCUGAGCGCGGCCUGGACCAACAGCUCUGGGGCGGGGGGCUGCUCUCGGUACAGACUGAGCGCCCUACAAGAGUUCACGCGGAGGGGUCUGGACCCGGAGGACGUCAACGUGUCCGCGGUGGAGACGGAACCGUGCCUGGACGGAUGGGAGUAUGACAGCAGCGUGUACGAGUCCACCAUCAUCACAGAGUGGGACCUGGUCUGUGACGACAGCUGGAAAAACCCUCUGACCUCCUCCAUCUUCUUCGGUGGAGUUCUGACCGGGUCCUUCAUCUCAGGACAACUCUCUGAUCGGUUUGGGAGGAAGCGGAUGCUGUUCAUCUCCAUGGCGAUCACAAACAUCUUCUACUUCCUCCAGAUCUUCUCUCCGUCAUGGCUCGUCUUCUGCUCUCUGUACUUCGUGGUCGGAAUGGGUCAGAUCUCCUGCUACGUCACUGCGUUUGUGCUCGGUAUGGAGGUGCUGACUCCUGGUGUCCGCACAGCCUUCUCCACGGUGGGCGUUUGCUUGUUCUUCGCCGCUGGUUACAUGCUGCUGCCGCUGGUGGCCUUCCUGCUGCGGAGCUGGAGGUCUCUGCUGCUCGGCCUCACCCUCCCCUCCCUCACCCUCGUCCCCCUCUGGUGGCUGAUCCCAGAGUCUCCGCGAUGGUUACUGUCUCAGGGACGAGUGGAGGAAGCUGAAGUCAUCGUCAAAAACGCAGCAAAAAUGAACGAAAUGGAGGCUCCAGAAAUCAUCUUUAAGUCUCUGCAGGUCUUGUCGCCGUCAGAAAAGAAGAAAAGGUCGUUCAACAUCUGCGACCUGCUGCGCUGGGGCGCCCUCCGCUGGCUGUCGCUCACGCUGUGGCUGAUCUGGAAUAGUGUCACCAUCGCGUACUUCGCUCUCUCUCUGAACACCUCUAAUCUCCAUGGCGACGCGUACCUUAACUGCUUUCUGUCGGCGCUGGUGGAGGUACCAGCGUACGUCCUGUCCUGGUUCCUGUUCCGCUGGUGCCCCCGCAGACUCAGUCUCUGUGCCACUCUGCUGACAGGGGGAGGGGUCCUGCUACUCAUCCCCCUCAUCCCCUCCAACCUCGCAAUGGUCACCGUUGCCCUGGAGAUGCUCGGGAAGUUCGGCGCCACCGUGGCCUUCGCCAUUAUCUAUGCCUACACCGCGGAGCUGUACCCCACAGUCCUGAGGACCACGGCCCUGGCCUCCUGCUCCAUGGCGGCGAGGGUCGGCUCCAUCGUGGCUCCCUACUUCAUAUAUUUAAGUAUCUUCAAAUCCUGUGCAACAAACUCUGGUUGA